GGUACCGGAUGGACGCGCGCUGACCCAACUCUCGUGACACACUUCCUCGUUCUGUACGAAUGCACCAAUGGGUACAGAAAUCUUACCAGAGUUAAACUGACUGCCAUCAACUUCGCUUCUGGCACCAAAGAAAAUACCGAUAAGUGACUUGUUCGUGGUCGUUUGAAAGGGAGGACAAAAUGAAAUUGUCGUUCAUAUUUGAACUACUUCUCAUUUUUGUGUUCAUCGCAUUCGCAGCAUCUGCUGUAAUAGAUAAAAGAGGCUAUCAUAACAGGAAAACUGAUGUCAAAAAGCAUGCCGGGCGUAAAUCUAUUGACAAAAGGAGACAAGGAUCCAGCGGCACAAACUCGAAUAGGUAUUGCAGCUGUAACUUGAAGCUGUGCAAUUGUUGUAGAGAAUUCAAUUUACCCGUCGUAUCCUUGCAAGGACCUGGAUGUGCUUCCUUACAGUAUCUUAAGGGUGACCGUCUGGCCAUUUCAAUGAGCUUUGGCGAGAGGAUACUGACGAAUACGACAAUAUCAAGUAGAAAACCGCAGCCAGUUUGCAUGCCAUUACCUGGGGGUAUAUCGAAGUUUUGCGGACGAAUUUACAAUAUAGGACGGAAAGGGGACGAUUUCCAGGCUUGUCUCGGAUUGGAACUUCGAUCAUUGAACAACAUCGAGGCCUCGCUCAGGGUGUCCUGCUUCAAAUUCGGCCCCAAAGGACUCAGGGUCGAGCCAUCGCAGCCUCUUCCAGUGGUGGAGGAAGAAGAGGACGAUGACGAUGACGACGACGACGAGGAUGAGUUCGAUUUUGACGGCGACGAUGACGACGAGGACGAAGACGAUUCCGAGAAUGACGUGGAGGCCGCCGAAUACGGUGGAUUCAGCGUGUUCGACGACGAUUUCAUCGACCAAUACUUCGAGUCCGAGAGCACGGGUAACAAGAAGAAGCAGCCGGUGAAGAAACAACCGCCUCAAAUUACCAAAGCACCUUACAAGAAGACAACCAAAGCUCCUGUGACCAAAGUACAACGACGAAAACCUGUUAAGACUAAGGCUACCCCGAAACCAAAGCCUAUUCGUGCUUCCGUUUUCACGAAAAGACCAUCCAAGGUUCCAACCUCAGCAUCUACCACUCCAAUUCCCCUCAAAACGUCAUCCACCAUGAUGACUUUCUCAUCCACACCCAGUGAGAUAACUGAAAAAACAAAUGUGUUGGAAGACAAUGCUGAACCAGUACCUGAACAAGUGACCAACUCCACUGAAGUUUCACUGAUUAAAAACGAAAUAAACACAGAGACACCUGAUCAAAUCAUAGUACAAAACACCAUGAUAACAACAAUGAAAUCCUUUACUGAAGCAACAAACACUGACGCUGCAACAACUACCACACUUACACCUACAACAACCUCCAAACAAGAUGAUGACGAUUCCAUCGAAUCCAGUGGUAGUGAUGAGAAUCCAAUCGCUGAAGUAGUAGAAGACAUGCUGGACGAGAGUGACGAAAUAGUCGAGAAAAAGAACUCUACCCUUAAAGGCAGCAUCAAAACUGCUGCCAACUCUUCAGCUGUUGCAGAGGAAUCGGAUGAUGUUUCGGAAAUUCUUGAUGGGGUUGUUGAUACCAUAACGGGAGAAGAUUCUGAAGAGGACAAAGCCGAAAAUGAUGACGACGAGGACGAGGAUGACGACGAUGAUGAUGAUUCUUUGGAAGACGAAGAUGAGGAGGAUGAAGACAGAAGGCGAAGGAGGAGGAAAUUGGAACUGAGAAAAAUUGGAGGCAGACGAAGCAGGGAUAUGUGGUUGGAUAGAUUGCACUGGUGAAAUGGAAGUACGAGUCCUCACAGAUUAAUGAUAUUAAUUUAUUGAAUUAUUUAUUUAUUUUAUUUAUUUUUAUUUAUUUUGCUUUAUUUAUUCACAAUUGUAAAUAUAUGUAUCAGAACUUCCAUAUCGAUUAUUAAUAAAUUUGGAGUUGUUUUAAUAA